CAACAAAAGAUUCAAGCAAUCGGAGACGGUACGGCAUCUUUCCGACCUGUCCUACGGGUGUCUAUUUUGUACAGUCGCAAAUCCUUGGCCUUUCAUUUUAUAGCUUUCUAUACAUCGCGUACCUGCCACAACACGUUCAUGUGUCAGAGCCACAAUCGAUGUAGUCAUAUUCUCUACAAGACACACCCUGGAGAAACAAUGAGGGGAAACUUGCGUCGGGAUGAUAUUCAAGAUGCCAGACCAGCCCGUCGAGCCAGGCGCUCAAUGCUCCAGAGACAAAGCGACACUCCCGUGAGUUCGUCGAAUUCAGCAGUGACGCUAACAGUGGCCGGUGCCAACAACGAUGAACAAUCAGGCCCAUCAAGCUCUGAACAUGACAACAACGAGAACGGCAACGGUGAAGAAAUUGAUGAUGACGACGCGUGUCCCAUAUGCCAACUCAUGCUCUACAACCCCGUGACCACAACCUGUCGUCACACACUCUGCAAAUUUUGCAUGGCGACCUGGGCCUCCGUCUCCCUAGCAGCACCCAUGAUAAUCGUCGACGUAGACGAGGAGCCCGUCCCCUUCGACGCCGUCUCAGAGCUCGAGGCGCGCUGCCCUAUGUGCCGCAUGCAAACCACAGCCUCUGACAACGCACAGCGUGCCGCUCACUUAAAAGCUACAUACCCCCAAAAAUGGGCAGAGCGCGCAGCAGAGGUAGAGGCUGAUCGCGAAAGACGAGCAGAGGGGGGAGAUGGAAUCCAGACGAUGACGGUGUACAUUGGCAAUCGACACGAGACCGUGUCACCCAGCGGCGACGACCUCAUGCAGAACCGUCACGAGUGGACGUUCUUUGUGAAGCCUAGCCGGACGGAUAUUGUGGAGGAAGUACACAUCUUCCUGCACCCGACUUUCCGCGAGAACCACAUAAUUCGCCAGCGGCCGCCAUACCAGAUCUCACGGUUGGGGUGGGGCAUCUUCACUAUUACGGCAUCCGUAAUUUUGAAGGCGGGGUACGCGUGGGUGUCGGAUGACGCGCAGGAUUCGCCCGAUGGGGCGGCAAAGGGGAUGUUGCCGCUUGAGUGGACGUUGGAUUUUGAUGGAUUUGGGGGAAAGGGAUCAAUGGGGAGGUGUAAGCUCAAGGUAAAGCAUGAUCGCGGGUGGCAGGAUGAUGAGGCCGAAAGGGAUAAUAGGGAGUGGAAUCGCAUGGUGAGGCAGUAUGAGCGGGAUGGGAGAUAUGAGCCUGGAGCAUGACUGUUGGACUUUCUUCUCUUGCGAGGAAGAAUAAAAAGAGAAAAGUGGAUGGAAGCCCCGGGGUGCCAGGGAUAUCAAGGAGGCAGCUAGGUUGGACUUGUAGGACAACACCCUAUUAGGUCCACGUUUGGGGUACUGAUGAAUUGCGGCCCAGAACAUGCGAGGAAAAUACACCUAGGAAACGGAGCCGUACAAAAUAAACGUAGUGAGCAUCCAUCCACACUUGGUUUACGUCUCUGGACUGUAAUCAGUAAUCUGGCUACCA